GGCGGGGCGCGGCGCCGGCAGUCCGCCACCGUCCCGGCGUGCCCCGCGCGGCUGGGGCCGCUCUGGCGCGGUUGUCUCACCGUGCCUGCUGUGAGCGGCGGCGGUCGCGGCUCGGCGGGGAAGAUGGCGGCGGAGGCGGCGGAUUCGUGGGACGCCGACAGCUUCGAGGUGGUGGAGCCGGUGGCGAAGCGGCUGGUGCCGGGAGUGGCCGGAGACCGCUGGGCCGGCGAGGAUGAGGAGGACGACGUGAAGGAUAACUGGGAUGAUGAGGAAGAAGAGGAGGAAGUAAAGGAGACGGAGGUAAAACAAGAACCGAAAGUUUCAGAAAAAAAGAAAAUAGCAGAAAAAAUAAAAGAAAAAGAAAAGCUACAGAAGAAAAAACAAGAGGAGCUUAAAAAAAGGUUAGAGGCACCAGAGGAACAUAAAGAACUUACACCAGAAGAACAGUUAGCAGACAAACUACGACUAAAGAAAUUGCAAGAGGAGUCGGACCUCGAGUUAGCAAAAGAAACAUUUGGUGUAAAUAACACUUGUGGAAUAGAUGCCAUGAAUCCCUCUUCAAAAGAUGACUUUACGGAAUUUGGCAAACUACUAAAAGAGAAAAUUACACAGUAUGAAAAAUCACUACAUUAUGCCAGUUUUUUGGAAGCAUUAGUUCGAGACGUAUGUAUUUCAUUGGAAAUCGAUGAUUUGAAAAAGAUCACAAAUACUUUGACAGUACUAUGCAGUGAAAAGCAAAAACAAGAAAAGCAGAAUAAAGCCAAAAAGAAGAAAAAGGGUGUUGUGCCUGGAGGCGGUUUAAAGGCUACGAUGAAAGAUGACCUGGCUGAUUAUGGAGGAUAUGAUGGAGAAUAUGUACAAGACUUUGAAGACUUCAUGUGACAUUUAUCUCCCCUUCUGUCAUCUUUCUGUUGCCCAUAAUCCCUAAACAUGUAGCACAACUUUUCUUCCUUUAAAUUCUGCCAAAUGCUACAAUCAGAAUUGCAGUAUCUCUGUGCUGGUGGUUUAACUCUUGACAGGUCCGUGUGAAAGCAACUGGGCUCCCUCUCCUGUGGUUGGGGUUAGAAUGAGGACGUUUAAAAGCUAUGUAAAUUGCAGUUACAAAACCCAAAACUCUGAUAAUGGUAACUGUUGCUAUUUGGUUUUUAUAGUAACAGCACUAAAUUGGAAAUGGAUUUCAAGAAGGCAAAGUAUUAUUACCAGCACAGUUCAGUGACACGGCCUUAACUGUAUGUACCUCCUUGAACGACUUGUUUGAUGAACAAAAGCAGUUUGCAGCACGGGCGUGGUGUGUGCUUAGUAUUCUGAUUGCUUUCUCUUAAGUUAGAGCUUGAGGUUUUCAGCAUAUUGGGGAGGGGAACGGCUGCUGUCAGGGAGAGCGUGCUCCUCUGGGAACGCAGCCCUCGAGAUACCUGCUGCCUCCGGGCUGAGCGCGGGGGUCAGGGCAAGAGUUGAAAAGAACCAACUUGUGUCUCGAGUACGAAGUUUAGUUUCCAUUCAUCUAAAUUUCUACUAAUGCAGCUGUAUGGGUUGGGUAUUCUUUAACAGUUAAUUGCCUGGUUUAAGUGUAAAAAAAAAAAAAAAAACAAAACCAACCAAGACUUCCUUUUGGUCUUUCAUGGGUUGUGAUAGAUUCUUCACAACUCAGCUGUUUUCUUUCAUUUGAAAAAAAAACAAAAACAACUUGCUUAGCAAACUGCAACAGUUCCUACAGUUGGGCAAAUUGUUAUGUUAACAAUUAUGACAUCUGCAAUGUUUUAUAAAGCAACUAAUUUAAUAAAAAUCACUAUUGAGGACUUCA